UUUGUUUGUUGUUGAUUAGUUAAUUUUAGGAGACGGUAUAUGUAGGAAGUGUAUAUAUAUUUAUAUUAUUAAUAUACGUACAUAGAUGAGUAUACUUAAUAGCUAAUAAAUCUAAUAAACAAAACAAGGCACCUGUUAAUACGGUGCUGCUGCGACUAAAGAACUCGAGAAAAAAGUAAAAUUUUAUUUCUUAUAUAUUAUCAAAUCAAUUGUAUUAGGUAACCAUGGAGUCCUUUGAUGAUGUUCAGGAAGCCGUUGUAAAAUAUCUGGAUAGAGGAAUUGUUUUAGUUAUUGCCGAUUUGUUGAGUUUAAUAACUGUAUCGUCAUGUCUGUUUAUAAAAGUCCCACAAAUAAAUACCAUACGUGAAAAUAAAUCUUCGAAAGGCAUAAGUAUUCUUGGCCUAUGUCUCGAACUUUUCAGCUACACAGUUAUGAUGUCCUACAACUAUACAAAUCGUUAUGAAUUUUUAUCCUACAUGGAAUAUCCAAUUUUGUUGUUGCAAGAAUACGUUCUGAUAUACUUUGCUUUCAAAUAUCAAAAUUUACUUGGACUUCGUACAAAAGUUGUUGCUGUUCUAUAUGUCAUCGUUGCUGUGUUAAUCUAUUUGCGGCUGUUCCCAUUGGUCAUUUUACAAUUUUUGGUGCCCUUCUGCACCCCCAUUGGAGCAACGAGUAAAGUUCUACAAUUGAUUGCCAUCUUACGCACAAAAGAUGCCAGCUCUGUAAGCCGCACCACAUGGGCUUUAUCUGCCUUCACAAACAUGACUCGCAUCUAUACUGUCUAUGUGCAAUCUCAUGAUUGGAUGUUGCUAUCGAAUUUCCUGAUAUCAACAUUUUUAAGUUCAUCGGUAUUUGUGGCCGCAUGUGUUUACAAAAAGAAAACCAAAAAAGAAUAGAAAUGCUAAUGCUAAUGCACAACGAACUAAAUUGGGCCAUUUUAAUUAACGUUUACAAAAAAGUUUUGUAUAACAAUUUUAGUUUAAUGUUUUUCCUUUUAAUGAGAUUAUUUUUUGGUUUUGUUUUAUAUUAUAUUUAUUAACAUAUGAAUGUUAAAAUUUGACACCUAUAUUUGUUUUGUUGUAACGAAGUAUAUAUUCAUUGUAAUUAUGACAAGCAAAAUUUUCCUUAAAAUAAAAAUGUUUUUUAAUCAUAUCA